AUGGUGGCAGGAAGUUUCAGUGUGGAAAUAGAGUCUUCAAUGGAGGCAAAGACACUGUGGAAUGGAAUGGUGAAGGAUGGCCAUAAUUUGAUUCGAAAAUAUGUAUCUAAGCUUGAAAUUGUGGAUGCAGUUAACACUGAUUUCAGCUAUGUGAAGGAGAGGAUAGAUGAAAUUGAUGAGGAGAAUUCGGUUUACAGUUUCAGCCAGGUGGAGGGAGGAGUUGUGGGCACCAAAUUGGCCUCAGUGACAUACCAAGUGAAAUUCAGCCCUAAAGCAGAUGGUGGAACUCUGGUGAUUUAUACAUGCAACUAUGACAGCCUGCCUGGUGUUGCCCAUGAUGACGCCAAAAUUGAGGAGAUCAAGGGCAAAAGUACUGAACUCUUCAAGUUGAUUGAGGCAUAUCUCAUUGCCAAUCCCACUUCAUAUUGUUAA